AUGGGAAGCUACCGAGUCUGCGUGUGCUUCCGGCGGAGUUUCAAGUCCGGGGAGGCGGUGGUGCCUCAGGAGAUUCGGGAGCUUUUCAUCAAGUACUCCGAAGGUGGGGCCCAUAUGACUCCCGACCAGCUCCGCCGCUUCCUCGCGGAGGUUCAGGGCGAGGUGAUGGAUGAGAUUGAUGAACUUGAUCCUCAAAAGGUGGUGGAGGAAGUUUUGCAAAAGCGGCAUCACAUUACGAAAUUUGCGAGGCAUAAUCUCACGCUUGAUGAUUUUCAUCAUUACCUGUUCUCUGCAGAAUUCAAUCCUCCGAUUAGAUCUCAGGUUAAUCAGGAUAUGACAGCUCCGUUGUCUCAUUAUUUCAUAUAUACUGGCCAUAACUCCUAUCUCACUGGAAAUCAACUCAGCAGUGUUUGUAGUGAUGUUCCCAUUAUAAAGGCAUUGAAAAGAGGUGUGAGAGUUGUAGAGCUUGAUAUUUGGCCCAAUUCCACCAAAGAUGAUGUUCUUGUUUUACAUGGAAGGACAUUGACACCACCUGUGGAGUUGAUCAAAUGUUUGAGAUCCAUUAAAGAUUACGCUUUCGUUGCAUCUCCUUAUCCAGUCAUAAUUACUCUGGAAGACCAUCUUAAAGCAGACCUUCAAAAAAAAGCUGCUCAGAUGAUAACUCAAACAUUUGGAGAUAUGUUGUUCUGUCCAAAUGAUGAAAACUUAAACAAUAUUCCUUCACCUGAAGAAUUGAAGCAUAGGAUCAUGAUAUCAACGAAACCUCCACAAGAGUACUUAAAUUCCAAAAGUGUGAGGGAGAGUUCCAAACAGUUGCUGAAAUCUAAUUCAAAGGAUUCUGAUGAAGAUGAAUGGAGAAAAGAAGUCACUGAUGUUGUAAAUACACAAAAUGAAGACGAUAAGGGUGACUCUGACACAAAUCAACUGAAUGAUGAUGAUGUAUCAAAUGAUGAUGAGUAUGAAUCAAAUCAGGAGAGUGAAUAUAAGCGUUUAAUUGCUAUUCAUGCUGGAAAACCUAAGGGUAGUCUUAAGGAAGCCUUAAAAGUUGAAGAUGAUAAAGUGAGACGCCUUAGCUUAAGUGAACAAGCUCUUGAAAAGGCUGCUGAGUCACUUGGAACUGAUCUUAUUAGGUUCACCCAGAAAAACUUUUUGAGGAUAUAUCCGAAGGGUACACGGGUCACCUCCUCCAACUACAAGCCAAUGGUUAGCUGGAUGCAUGGUGCUCAAAUGGUUGCAUUCAAUAUGCAGGGAUAUGGCAAAAAUCUUUGGUUGAUGCAUGGAAUGUUUAGAUCCAAUGGAGGUUGUGGUUAUGUAAAAAAACCAGACUUUCUAAUGAAUGUAGAUCAAAAUAAUGAUGUAUUCAGUCCUAAAGAUAAGUUGCAAGUGAAGAAGACUCUUAAGGUGACAAUAUACAUGGGAGAUGGAUGGAGUCUAGAUUUCGACAAAACUCACUUUGACUCGUAUUCUCCACCAGAUUUUUAUGCCAGGGUUGGCAUAGCUGGAGUGCCAGCUGAUGUAACAAUGAAGGAAACAAAGAUAAAAGAAGACAAUUGGAUACCGACUUGGGAAGAAGAGUUUGUGUUCCCUUUAACUGUUCCUGAACUUGCUUUGCUAAGAGUGGAAGUCCAAGAAUAUGACAUAUCUGAGACAGAUGAUUUUGCAGGCCAAACUUGUUUACCAAUCACAGAACUAAAACAAGGGAUCCGCGCCGUUCCACUCUACGACCGAAAAGGAAAGCAGUACAAGUCAGUUAGGCUUCUUAUGCGAUUUGAUUUUAUUUAA